CGCCGCGGUAGACGGACGUCAGCGACCGCGCGAGAGACGCGUUGCGCGCACAGCGCCUGUGCUAGUUCAGCUUCCCCGGACGCCCCUAGGAUCUCACUGCGCCAGCGAUGAGUCGGCAGCCGGCUGCGGCGCGCUUUGCGUGACUAGGGGGAAGACACAUUCCGCGCUCGCAUCCUCUCCGGUUCGAUGCCUUUAGACGCCGACGCCCCCUACAGUCGCCACCCUCACGACGCCGAAUGCCGACGCUCAGAGCUGGAUCGCGCUCUCUAGGAGACGCCAGUUCGUUCCCUUUCUGUUGAGAACAACCGAUUCGUUGAGACCGCCAACAGUGACAGAAACUACACCAGUGUACGCUAGCGUGUUUUUAAAAAUUUCUGUUUACUUUUGUUCAGCGUUUUGAUCAGUAUCCGCAUCAUGGUAAUGAAGAUGGGAGAUAUGGAACGAGUGCCAUCGCGUUUACUGUUUCUGUGUGUGCUUUUUGUGGGAUAUACACGUUCAGCUGUUCAGCAAGCAGAUGUGCAGAACUCACUUUUUGAAGCGGCAUUUCAAGGUCGUUGCGGCCGCGGCAGCCCGUGCGAGCAGCUGUGCUACGAACUGCACGACGGCAUGUUUGAGUGCGACUGCAGGCCCGGCUACGAGCUGCACCGCAACGGAUACAGCUGCCUCGAGAUGAACACGACGGACAGCAGCCUGGCGGGCAUGCACGGCCCGCUGGUGGCGCCGCUGGCGGCGGGCGACCGCGACGAGGACGUGCUGUACCAGAAGGACGCCAGCUUCUCGGCAGAGCUGGCGGCGGGGCCCGUGCCGGCGCCCGCCGUCUCCUUCGUGGGCGACGCCCUCACGCUGGACUGCGGCUCUGGGGGCACGUGCGUGCAGCCGGCGGAGGGCGCGCCGCCGGGCCAGCGCUGCCAGUGCCCGCUCGGCCGCGGCGGCCCGCGCUGCGAGACGGAGGUGGAGGUGCGCAGCCCGCGCUUCUCUGGCCAGAGCUGGCUGGCGUUCCCUGCGCUGCGAGCCGCGUACAAGCACGUCCAGCUGUCGGUGGAGUUCCGGCCGGAGGCAGCAGACGGUAUCCUCUUCCUGACCGGCGAGCGCGACGACAUGGCGGGCGACUUCAUGGCGCUCCUGCUGCACGCCGGCUACGUGGAAUUCAGGUUCGACUGCGGCUCCGGCCUGGGUGUGGUGCGGUCUGAGGAGACGGUGCAGCUGAACCAGUGGAACCGCGUGACGCUGUACAGGCACCGCUGGGACGCCUGGCUGCAGCUGAACAAGGGCCGCAGGGUCGAGGGCCGCUCCAAGGGCCUGUUCUCGCGCAUCACGUUCCGCGAGCCGCUGUUCGUGGGCGGCCCCGGCAACACGACGGGCCUGGCGGACAAGCUGCCCACCGAGGAGGGCCUGCGCGGCUGCGUGCGCCGCCUCAUCGUCAACGACCGCCUCUACAGCUUCGGACUGGCGCCCGCCGGAGACGCCGUCAAGGGCUUCGACGUCGAGGAGUGCGGCGGCGACGGCUGCAGCCUCAUCUCGUGCCAGCACGGCGGCAAGUGCCUGGCCACGGGCGACUCCGCCGUUUGCCUCUGCCCGCUCGGCUACCAGGGGGACUACUGCGAGACGCGCAUCGACCUCCAGGUGCCGGCGUUCAACGGGUCGAGCUACCUGCGGUACCCGGGCCUGGGCGGGUCUGCGCUCUCGUGGCUGGACCUGCAGAUCACGCUGAAGCCCGCGGCGCCCGACGGCGUGCUGCUCUACAACGGACACCGCGCCGACGGCGUGGGCGACUUCAUGGCCGUCUACAUGACCGCCGGACACCUCGAGUUCGCCUUCGACCUCGGCACCGGCGCCGCCACCAUCAGGAGCGGGGCGCCGCUGUCGCUGGGCCAGUGGCACGAAGCGGUGGUGUCGCGGACAGGCCGGCUGGCGGUGCUCCAGGUGGACGACCGGCCGCCCACGCAGGCCACGGCGCCCGGCGCCUUCACGCAGAUGACGCUGCCGCAGAACCUCUACAUCGGCGGCGUGCCCAACUUCGACAUGGUCUCGCCCAAGGUCAAGGUGCGCACCUCGUUCGUCGGCUGCAUCCAGAAGGUGGUGCUGAACGACCAGCCGCUGGCGGUGGUGGCGGCGGCGCUGGCCGGCGUCAACGUCGCCAACUGCGCGCACCCCUGCUCUGCGCGGCCCUGCGGCCCAGCGGCGCGCUGCGUGCCCGCCAGGGAGCGCUUCACCUGCGACUGCUCGCCCGGCCGCUGCCGUCCGCGGGACCCCAACCCCGCGCCGCGCUUCUCCGGCACUAGCUACCUGCACUUCGGCGACGCCGACACAGUACGACGGAUCGUGAGCUACAAGGUGAACAUCAACAUGCGCUUCCGGACGGGCGUGCCGGAGGGCGUGCUGCUGUGGAGCGGGCGGCGCGACGCGUCCUCGGCCGCCGACUUCCUGGCGCUCGGGGUCGCCGACGGCUUCCUGCACCUGCGCUUCAACCUGGGCAGCGGAGAGGUCGACAUCGUCUACAACGCCACGCGCGUCGACGACAACCUCUGGCACCGCGUCAAGGCCAUCAGGAACGAGCAAGAGGGUUCUAUUACCGUGGACAACGGACCGACAAUCAUCAAAAGAUCUCCAGGGAAGCUGAGACAGCUCAACACUAACACAGGGCUAUACAUCGGUGGCAUGGAGGACAUCGAGCGCGAGACGCACGGCAAAUACCGCGUCGGCCUCGUCGGCUGCAUCUCAGACCUCAUCCUGGACGCCGACUACCGCGUCAAGCUGGUUGAGAUGUCCACCUCCGGCUGGGGCAUCGAGCGCUGCAACUAACCGCCGCCGGCACGACCACUCAGCGCCGCCGCCUGCAUUUCGUCCAGCUUUCGCCGUUCGGCCGACGAGGAACGAGUCCGGGGCCUCGCUUCGCCAACUCGACAGGCGACGUGGCUUCCACAGCUGCUGCAACGUCCAUACUCCCACCGAGACCUCUCGGCACGCUGAAGUCUGACGGUGCUCUGUCACGGAUAGAUCUCAGUCAUUGCCAAUCGCCAUCAGUGACGGCUUGUGAGCCGCUUCGGGCCGUGGCGCGGUUUCUUGGACUCAUUUACGCACUGCAGUUUAUGAGAUACGUACUUGUAUUUGGCGCAGCAAAGUCGGCUUACUCGAACGCGCCAUCCGUGUUAAAAAUGCGAAGUGGUUAGUACUCAGAACUAUCAUCACUUAACAUCGUGACAGAUUAAACAUUGCACAAAGUCUCCUUGUUAUAGCUACAUUUGCCGUGAUUCUUAGAGCACUAACACACACACACCUGGAUCAAAUAAAUCUGAAACAUCUGUCCUAUCAGUUGCUUCGGUGCGUGAAUUAACAAGAUGGCAAGACGAAGUACAGCUAUUAUGUAUUAGAUGUUUAUUUGAAAUUACUUAUUUGAACAACUUCUUGUGGCUUCAGGAAGUUGGCAAGUAGCAGUAAAAUCGCACUAUAUUUUCAAAUAGUUUACCUCUUGCUCUGAUAGCAAAUCCUAUGCUCUGCAGAUUGGAAACUUAAUAUGUUUCCCGUUUCCAGUUCCGAAUCCCCAAUAAAAACUAUGCCACAAGAAUCACUUUAGUUAUCAAUUUGCGGGAUCUGUGCUGUUAAAUACACUUUCCGAGAUUAAUAUUCUGUACACACUUUGUGUACUUCACAUUUAAUAACCGAAGAUGUACUUACAUCGAAAAUUGAAAUGUUGAUUUCUUUGAGGAGAUAUUUUAACAUGUUAUUGUGACUGAUUCUCGUAAGCCGGAGGCGAAUAUGACGACGAAAUGCUUGCGACAUUUCAGUAAAUAAAUUAAAAAAAAUCGUUACGGAUCAGUUAGAUCUGGAAAAAAAGUCAAUACUGUGGCUCAUGCCACUACACUAUUUGGUGCAUCACGAUAAGAAUAAAUUUAUUAUUAUUAUUAUUAAUUACUAUAAAGAGAAACGCGAUGAUAAAGAGACCUCUAUCUACUUUUUUAUGAAGUGCUUUACAAAUAUUGCUUCCGAAUAAUGGCCUCAUUAUCGAUAAUUCAGUGGAGCGUUGUUCCCGAGAAGAAGUUCAAAUCUAAUGUUGCAUUUAAAAUCAGACGCACUGUUAGACGUGUACCCAAGAGAUAUCCCAUGUAUGUUCACCAGCUGUUAUGAGUAUGGAAGGCUGUAGAUAAAAAAAAUGAAAAGACUGCUACCGAAAGAGAUAUAAACGUAUAUUCAAAACGUACUUUCAAGCGAAAUUAUACACACUCACCAAAGAACUUCUUUACGGAAGAAGAGGUGAUCAUACCUGUCGUGACUUCAUUUUAAAGUGAGCAGAAACUUCGCGUACGGUGAAAUGGUGGUUUAGAAUAUUGUGCGAGUGUGUAGUUAGCUUCAUUAUGAAUGUGGAGCAAAACAUUCCAGAUAAUUUUUUAAUGAAUUCAGUGUUUUAAAUAACAGCUGGAAAAAUGUAAUCUUUGUGUCAGUCCUGAAUCACUUAAGCUAAAACACAAAGUAAUUUGCACAUAAUUUAGAGAUUUUAGUUUAAUGUGUAUGACAAUGCUCUCAUGUAUGUAUUGUAUCUGAUUUCUCUGUGCUAUCAUUUCAGUAAUGUCUAUUUUCGAUACGCAGACUGACUGUGUAGACUGCGAACGACAUGUAUGUUUUCUAAGCACCAUAUAUAUACGUAUACAUAUAUCAGAGUGUGACUAUCUGCUCUUUCACUCUACUAUACAAGAAAUUUCAAUCCGAAUUUUGAUCGUGGUGUUGAAAAGAUUAAGCUUUUUCACUUGAAUCACUUAGCACUGAAAAAAAUGAUUGAAAAAAAAAAAAUAAUCAGCUGCCAGCCCAUCUGCUAAACUGUUCAGUCUGUAUGCCGAAGCAACAGAUUUUUCAUAAAGUUCUGGAAAGAAACAUAUCAUUUUAUGACAAAUGGUUCAGUAGUCGGUUAGUUUUGUAUGUCAUUUCUGUACAAUUUUCGUAAAAAGAAAAGAACAGUGUAAUUUGAUCUUUUUCUUGUGACUGAGUUUUACAACGUACUAAGAAUGUGAAUUCGUACCGAAAUUAUGUACUCGGUGUAACCUGGGUGCGGCCCGCACACCACUUGUGCUGGGCCAGGGGUGUCCAUUCGCGGGCCCCCUCGCCCACAGCCUAGAGUAGCACCACGCGUCCCGGCGCUCUGUUUCUGUAGUAGACGUGACUAGACCAGCUGUAGUAGUGUCAGAACUCUGAUGUGUGACUUAUUUCCAAUUCGUACGCACUCAAUGUACCAGCGCAGCUUACAUACAAUGAAACAGAUUUGGGUGUUCA